GGUGGUGUUGAUGGUGGUGGUGUAUAUGUGGGAGCAGGAGGAGAGACUCUGCAGUGUCUUGGCAGCUGCAUUAUUGCAUCUCCCACCGUCCGCGAUGCUUCCACGGCCAAUGCCUGCCUCCUCCUCCGCGUCCACUUGACAACAGACACCGAUAUGAACUCGUCGGGAAACUGAGCCGGACGUUCACACUAGCCAGCUAUCUAUAUGCCCCGGAGACGGUCCGGAGCGCUUCAUUCACGCACAGAAACCCCGUGACGAGAAUUGUUAAUGGAAAAUGGCGAUAGGCAAAAGGUCUUGCAGCAUCGUCUGCUUGGUAUCUAUCCAGAUUAUCUUGAUUUUCAGCGCAUCGUGGCCUGGAGCAGCGGGUCUCACAUUCCCCCAGCAGUACACGAUAAUGCACUGGGCCCGGCGUAUCGAGCAGGAGAUUGACAGAGUCUUUCAGCACAUCACUGGAGCUCAGCAGUUGAAAGGGAUAUACAAUGAAGAAAGACGACGGUUUAGUCUGGUGAAGAAUCAGCCUCGGAAGAUUGUGGAGAAGGUGGCUUCAGAUAUCGAGAAACUCCUGGCUAAGAAGCGCAAAGCACUCGUUAGGUUAGCCAGUGAAGCAGAGCGGCUGCAGCGAGAGCAUCUAUGGCAGGAUGGGAUCAAGGAGCUGGACAUGGCUUAUUAUGACUCCAAAGCAGAGGUGGAUUAUUUCUCCAUGGAUGGAGAAGGAGAGGUGGAAAAUCCUUCGCACAUCAAGCUGGAGUUUGUGUACGAUCCAAACUUCAAAAACAUUGUCAACUACUCCUACACAGCUGUUCAGAUUCCCACUGAUAUUUAUAAAGGAGCUCCAGUCAUCCUGAAUGAGUUGAACUGGACGCAGGCGCUGGAGAAAGUGUUCAUGGAGAACAGUCAGGAGGAUCCCUCUCUGCUGUGGCAAGCGUUCGGGAGUGCGACCGGCGUCACUCGCUACUACCCAGCCACACCUUGGAAAGCCCCCGUUAAAAUCGACUUGUAUGACGUCAGGAGGAGGCCCUGGUACAUCCAGGGAGCCUCGUCCCCCAAAGAUAUGGUCAUUCUUGUUGAUGUGAGCGGCAGUGUCAGUGGACUCACACUGAAACUCAUCAAAGCGUCAGUGACGGAAAUGCUGGACACUUUGUCUGAUGAUGACUAUGUCAACGUGGCCAGGUUUAACGAGAAGGCCGAGGCUGUGGUUCCCUGCUUCAAACAUCUCGUCCAGGCUAAUGUGCGCAACAAAAAGAUCUUCAAGGAUGCAGUGAAUCAGAUGCAGGCUAAAGGCACCACUGACUACAAGUCUGGAUUUCAUUUUGCUUUCAACCAGCUGUUAAAUAAGACAAAUGUUCCUCGGGCCAACUGCAAUAAAAUCAUCAUGUUGUUUACUGAUGGAGGAGAGGACAGAGCUCAGGAUGUCUUCAUGCAAUACAACUGGCCCAACAAAACGGUUCGAGUUUUUACCUUUUCUGUGGGUCAACACAACUAUGAUGUCACACCUUUACAGUGGAUCGCAUGCACCAACAAAGGUUACUAUUUUGAGAUCCGUUCCAUCUGUGCUAUAAGGAUUAACACCCAGGAGUACCUCGAUGUGCUGGGGCGCCCCAUGGUUCUGGCAGGCAGCUAUGCCAAGCAGGUUCAGUGGACCAAUGUGUAUCAGGAUACUUUGGGUCUUGGCAUGGUAGUCACUGGGACUUUGCCUGUAUUUAAUCUCACCAUGGAUGGAAACUCACAGAAUCAGCUGAUAUUAGGUGUCAUGGGAGUCGACGUGCAUCUUGACGAGAUAAAGCGGCUAACGCCACGGUACAAUCUUGGAGCCAAUGGAUACAUAUUUGCCAUUGAUCCGAAUGGAUAUCUUCUCCUUCACCCUAAUCUUCAGCCAAAGCUGGUAAACCUCCCUGAGCCUGUGACGCUGGACUUCCUGGAUGCAGAGGUGGAGGACGGCAAUAAAGAGGAGAUCCGCCGACAAAUGAUUGAUGGAAGACCAGGUGAAAUGCAGGUCAAAACUCUUGUCAAGUCGGUCGAUGAGCAAUACAUUGAUGACGUGUACAGGAGUUACACCUGGACUCCUAUCAACGGCACAGAUUACAGUCUUGGUCUGGUAUUACCCCCCUACAAUGAGUACUUCAUCCAGGCAGACCUGAGUGAUGUGAUGCUGCAGCUCCAGUAUAUGCAGUCACUGCUGCCCAGCUCCUUUGAAUCUUCAGGACACGUGUUUCUGGCUCCAAGGGAAUACUGCAAACGUCUGCAUCUUUCUGACAACAACACCCAGUUUUUGCAGAACUUCCUCUCGCUCAUGCUGGACAUUUCCCCUGAAUCUGAUGAGUGUGACCAAGGCCUCAUCCACAACCUGAUUUUGGAUUCCAGGAUUAUCGGGCAGCUGGCCUCUCGGGUUUGGAAGAACAAGGACCUGAAUUCGUACGGCUUCUUGGCUGUAUUUGCGUCCACUGAUGGAGGAAUAACGCGUGUUUUUCCCAACAUAGCUGCUGAGUUAUGGGACGAGGAUCCUGAACCCUUCAAUUCAAAUUACUACAGACGUAGCCUCGACAACAAAGGCUACAUGUUCAGAGCUCCAUCGAGAUCCUCGCUGGACGACCCUAUAGGUGCAGAAAACGGCACUGUUGGAAUUCUGGUUAGUUCUGCUGUGGAGGUUAAUUUAGGAGGCAAACUACUCAAACCUUCAGUGGUCGGAGUGAAGCUGGACUUGGAGGCGUGGGUGGACAAGUUUAAGAUCCUGGCCAGCAAUGUGUCAGACAGUCGACAGGGCUCACACAAGUGUGGACCAUCCAGAAGCUGUGAGAUGGAUUGUGAAGUGAACACUGACGACCUGCUCUGCUAUCUCAUCGAUGAUGGUGGAUUCCUGGUUAUGUCCAAUCAGAGAGAUCACUGGAAAAAGAUCGGUCUUUUCUUUGGUGAUGUAGACCCUUACCUGAUGCACGCACUCUACAACAACUCAAUCUUCAAUCGCCGUCAGUCUUUUCACUUCCAGUCUGCAUGUGAAACAAUCAGCAGCAGCCACACUGGUGCAGCAACAAGGAGCAUCUUUGUGCCGUCCAUUGCUGACAUCCUCAGCUUGGCCUGGUGGACAUCCACAGUGGCAUGGUCUGUGACUCAGCAGCUCCUGUAUGGACUGGUCUACAACAGCUGGCUCUACCAAGAUGAUCUCCUGGUUGAAGGUUUUGAGACAAGGGAAAGCAGCUGUGUGACCAUCCAAAGCCAGUUCUACUUUACAAACACCACCAACUCCUACAACGUGCUGCAGGACUGUGGAAACUGCUCACGGCUGUUCCACGCCAAGCGGAUAGAAAACACCAACCUCCUCUUUGUGGUCGCGGAGACGCUGCCCUGCAGCUCAUGUGAGAUAGAGAGAUUGACACAGAUCAGGACAGAGUUUCAGGAGGAGAAUCCAUGCGAAGUACUGAGCAACGCGAGAUAUCGGAAAGGCCCAACAUCCUGCUUUGACUACAGUGCCUUAGAGAACACGUCAGAGUGUGGACGGGGUCAUGCACUGCAGUCCUCAAUAGGAGUCCUUCUCUUUAUCCAGCUUAUUCUGCCUCUUUUUCAUCUCUGACACAAGCAAACACUCUAACUGACAUCUUUCAUCUCUUUGGGUUUAGGCUCGGAUCUACUGAAGGUCAGAUCAAACGGCAACUGCAAAAUUAUUAUUUUUUGAUCUACAAACGGCACAUAGUGCAUUUCAGAAAUAGGUGGGCCAGCUUUUAGUGUUUUUUGCCUUAUUGCUUAUGCGUUUGUUGGUGUUUCAGGGCUUGAGUGCAAAUUAUAGUAAGAUAAUGUCUUGAGUGCAUGCUACUAAAACUAGGACAAGCAUGUUUAACAUUUUUGCACACGGUCUCAGCCAUGUAAGCAACCACCAAAAGGUCAGGGCGGCAGCUUAAAUGCACUUUUAACGGGCCAAUAAAUUAUCACCCAACAGGAACAGAUGUCAAUCACAAUUUUAGGUUGGAUGUGGUGGUUAGAUUAUAAAAGAUCUCAAAACUCAGUUGGAUUUGUUUGCUUUGUGGUGAACACACAGCGGUGGAAAGAAGAAUUCAGAUAUUUUACUUUAGUAAAGUUGCGCUAGAGAAAGUCAUGCCAUCAAGAUUUCACUUAAGUAAAAGUAUAGAAGUAUUAGCAACAAACUUAACUUUUAUUAUAGAGUCAAAAAUACUUUAUAACUUGAGAGUAGAACGGGUAUCAUGCAUUAUAUUAUCAGAUAAUUAUUACUGAUAUAUUAAGCAUGCAUUUUAACGCUGUAGCCAAAAUGGAGCUAAUUUUCACUACUUUCUAUACUGUUGGGAAAAAGGUUAACUACACUCAUCAGAUAAACAUGGUGGAGUAACGGUAUAGUGGAGUCGAAGCAUUAAAGGUGCUCUGUGUUCUUGCAAACAAGGUUUCUGUUUACAAAGUGUGUAUUCUUGACCAACAAAACACGUUGAAUGCACUUCCUGCCUCCAAAACAUUUUUGACUGACUUUUAGAACAUUUUGAAACCACUUUGUUUACGUCCAUGUUUACUUGCUGCAGCUUUCUUCUUCCCUGCAUUUUCUGGCAUAUUGCAGCAUUUCUGGCGCGUUACUGCCAUCUGUAGAUCAGUGGUGAAAAAGUGUGAAACCAUUGGCAGGACUAUGUAUAACAUUACUCCAAAACUGAUCAAAAACUCCACAGGGUACCUUUUAGCAAAGUACAAGCAACACCAAUACUGUACCGAAGUAUAGUACUUGAGUACGUGCAUUUAAUUACUACUCCAAAUACAGCGCUGCACACGCCACCACAUGCCCUGGGUUUUAUCCAGAGGAGCUUUGCGAUUGGCCGAACACAGCUGUUGACGCAACAACUUUGUGGAGAGAGUAAAUCUUUCAUUGUCACAAUCUGACGCUGUGUUGAACAGCUCUCAAUAUAUUUAUGACUUUUCAGCUAUAGGUUUAACAGCAUUUGUGUGUUUGGGAUGGUUCAUUAGACGAGGCCCACCUCAAUAGUUUACUGUUUAUAUGGAUUCAUAAUGUCCAUACAACUGCUGGGUAAAGCCAUCCAAGGCAUUUACACAACUUUACAUUGUGCACACCACACAUAAAGCUAACUGCUACAGCAUAAAUGUAAAUAGAUAGACAGAAUCUGCUGAGCACAGCUGCUGCUGCUGCUUCUAGCAACUUUUGCUUUUGUUGGCUUUGUGAAAUUCAAAAUGAAUUAUCUGCGGCAAUUUUCAUUUGCAUGUCCGGUCCUAGUAAAUGUCUUUAUACAUAAAGGAGCUCCCUGCACCUACAGCAGUUUUUUACAUGAUAGUAGAUCCGGGCCUUAACCUCACAUUCACUUCAGUGUCUUUCAAUCCACCUCUGACCUUUGCCUAGACAGUUUCAGUAUUAUAAAUUGUAUCAUACAUGACAUGACCCAGAAUGAUUUUCCUCUGCCGUCUCUUAAAUUUUUAAAUACAACCUACAAUACUACAAAGUAUUUUUUCCCCCCUAAAAUAUUUUCUCAGAGCACUUUGACAAAUGAGAAAAGCCAUUAGGAUGACAAAUAUCAGUGUUAGACUCCCAGCAAGAUUUUGUGGCUUUUCAUAACACAUAUCAGUGAUGGAACAUCAAAGUAGUUAAAUCGAUACAAGGAUUGUUAAAGGUUGUUCUGCUGAAAUGCUUCCACCGAUACUUUGUUUGAUCUUGAAGUGCUUCCAGUUGAUAAGAAUAAUUGAAGGAUGUAAAAUCGGACAAAAACAGAACAAAAUUAUGUUAACAGUGAUUUUGUCACAAAUAUAUAGUAGUGAACCACUGCAUGGUUUAGUGCAAUAAUGCUGUGAUAAUCUGAUACUUUAUUUUAGCAGUAAUUAUCAUGACCAUCAUUUUUCAUCAAAUUUAGAUUUUAAGAAUUUUACAUGCAGUGUUAUCUCUGUAGUCUUAGAGCACAAAACAUGCGCAGACGUCAGUGUGUGGCCAACAUGUUUUUAAACAGCAGUUGUUAGAUUGAAGGGAAGCUCUCCGUCCCGUUUUUGUAUCUUGUAUCGCCACUAUUUGUCAAACCUGAAUUUAUGCACUUAUGUAUGCUUCUGUAUGGGGAAUGUAGCUUCUGAACAGCUUUCAAUGUUAUCGAUAUGUUAUCUGUAUGUGAUGCUUUCUGACCGUCUGUUGAGUUUUCCCUGAUGUCUCGUUGAAAGUGAUGGUUCGCUGUGGCAGAAUAUUUUAACUUUGUCAUGCAUACCUAGUCAUGACGGUGAUAUGUGAUUCAACUAUAAAGCUGUAAGACUCAGUAAUUUAGUCACUAUGAAAUGUCUGCCCAGUAUUACUACUUGAGUUCUAAAAAAAUGUUUCAGGUAGUACAAUUUAUUUUAUUUAUGUCAGGGUUAAAACUCUUUUUGUUCAGGUUUAAUAUUGAGCCUAUGAAAGAAAAAUAAUACACACAAAAUAUAUUAGGGCUGCAUGUAACGAUUCUUUUUAUUAACUAUUAUUCUGCCCAUUAUUUUUUCAAUUAAUGUCAAAACAGCUCAAUUUGACAAACAAGGCUACAACAUAUAAUAAGUUAAAACACAUUAAAAGUGUAAAGUAUUAUGUUAUAUUUAAAAUCAUGUUUUGAGACAAAAAUAUGAUUUUUCGACAAAGAAAUAUAAAUUGCCUUGUUAAAAAAAUCUUAAAAUUACUUCCCAUAAAGGUUUCACUGCUGGACACAAGAUAUCUGCACAUUGGAGCGCAAUUAAGUCUAUUUGUGAAUUCUGAAAUCCUUCUGGUACGUCCACGUGUAAACACUGAGAUUUAAGGUUAGCACAGAGAAACUUUCCCCCUUUCAGCAGAUGCAUGUGAAAACUCAGCACAUGCAUCCCUCAGCAAAGUGUAGCUCAAACAUCCAAGUGAAGCUACAAUAAGCAAAACACAUUUUCAAGGUCGAGGGGGACUUUAAAUUAUUGAAAUGAAUUCUAGUGAAGAAGACUGAACAGUGAUGAGUCUUUUGUAACAGUGCAUCACUGUCUUUUUCGUGAGUUCUGCAUGAUAAAAUCCUGAAAACAUUUUCCCACAGUGAUCCAUCGGCCCCUGAUGUCUCUAUGUGUUUUUGAUCAUUUGAUCUGGUUAACGAGUUAAUGGGGGAUAUUUUUAAAAAGCUUUUUUGACAAAAUAUUUGUAAAAUGCUGUUUCUCUCCGUCUGCCUGGUGUUCCACCCUGCAGUGCCUUGUUGCACUCAUUUUGGAUGGCAGGAACAUUUGGCUUUUAGAUGUGUGGACGUUCAUCCUGCAGGGCCAUGCGUAAGACACACUUGAAUUUCAAGGGUUGCUAAUGGUUCAGCUCUAAAUGGACUUCUCGGUCAGGGAACAAAAAGAGAUGUUCUUCAUGAACUUAUGAAGCAUUUUUAAGGAGCACAGUUGUGAGAGAGCACAACAGAAGUGUGUUGAGCAGCUGGCCUCCCCUCCUGCCUUCUCAUGGACAGAUGUUUGUCAAAGCGAUGAGAACGAACUCUGCUGCCCUUCUGCUACGUGUUGUUUAUCUCUACACUGUGGUUCAGCCUCGAAUCAAAGCACAUACACUGUCCAUUUUCAUAGAUUUACUUCGUCCCAUCUGCACACUGUAUAUUCUAUAUUUGAAGCCUGUCGGAAACAUGUACUUUUCCAUUAGGACUGACUGAAACGAGUGAAUGUUUAUGUACAGUAAUACCUACUGUUGUGCAUCUCUGCUGUACCCGAGCAUGGUGGGACCCCGGAGAAGCAGAUUAAAGCUCAACACUGUCUGGAGACCGCAGCAAAAACACUGCUUAAAAAAAAAAAACGAACAAAAAAAAAAGCUUUUCUCUGAAACCUGCAGUAUUAACUUUAGGUCGUAUUGCAUUAUUCAAACAACACUGUUGUACAUUGAAGGAAAGACAUUUUGUGGAACUCUUUAUAGCCUACAAUAUAAUACUACUGUUGAGGUCAGUGUUGUAGUUUCGUUUUGAAUUACCAGUAUUUAUUUGCAUGAUAUUUUGAACAAUUUUCAGAUUUGUGUGCAUAGUCUGAUGGAUAUUUUACAUUCCUGUCCACAUCUGGAUCUCCAAUACUGUGGGGAGAAGUGAGGACGCCCUCUGGAUAUUUGGGUUGCUGUGGAGGCCUCAGAGCUCUAUGCUGUGUGUAACCGAAUGAAGCUGAAAGUUUGACUUCAGUGAAGCCUACAAUAACUGUCAGUGUUGAAAUUUAGGUCAUUCCCAUAAAGUAAAAGCACAGAGAAGUUAAGAGUUAUGAGUAACAUACUGCCUGAUUAAACUUUUGUCAUUUAUUUAGGAACAAAGUGACAUAAAACCGCUGGAGAUGAUUUAUGCAUUUAAAGGCUGUAUAACAAACAAAUAAGGAAGUGGCAUGUGUGGGGACACCCCUUUAUUAAUUAACUUUGUUUAUGAAAAAGAUUUAAGUGUUGCUUAUUUCAUUUCUAUUUUUUUUGGGUAUUGUGAAUAAUAUUUGUAUUGAACAGGAAGGAAUUGAAUGUGUUUAAAGCUUGCGUGGGCACACUAAGCAGUUUACAAGAAGAUUGCAAACAGGACAAAAAAGAAAAUAUAUAUAUAUAUAUAUACUGUAUGUCCAUGUCUUUUAUUUACUGAGUGUCAAACCAUAAGAAUGUUAAUGUUUUUUGCUGUAACUUUGCUUUCAUUUUGCUGACGUUGUCGUUUACUUGGGACAGUUUCCUCUCUUUGUGCCAGUCUCAAAUGCCACCUCAUUUUUGUACAGACGAUGUGAAGCAGUCAGCAGAAGAUAAAGGCUAACUUUGUAAAGAUUUUGUCAGUCACAUUACAAAAAUGGAUAUUUAAAUGUUUAUAUCUUUGGUGAUUAAAUGCUGUUGAUAUUUUUCACUUCA